CCGGGUCCCCCCAGCCCCGGACCGGGCCUGUCGCCGCCUGACUCCAGUUGCCCUCGGGAAGGACGGUGCACCCACGACCCGUCGGGGACCACGGUCAUUCGGCGGUAAUCCAGGGGCCGAAUCUACGCGACGGUCCACGCGGUACAGGCCUUUGGAUGAGAAAGAGCUGACAGGAGCCGAACCCCACCUUCUCUGUGUGCUGGGGAACAGGGCUACACAGCCCCGGUGGCACCCAUGCCGAAGAACAGCAAGGUGACACAGCGCGAACACAGCAAUGAGCAUGUCACUGAGUCCGUGGCUGACUUGCUGGCCCUCGAGGAGCCUGUGGACUAUAAGCAGAGUGUACUGAAUGUGGCCGGCGAGACAGGUGGCAAGCAGAAGGCAGCGGAGGAGGAGCUGGAUGCAGAGGACCGGCCGGCCUGGAAUAGCAAGCUGCAGUACAUCCUGGCCCAGAUUGGCUUUUCUGUGGGUCUUGGCAACAUCUGGAGGUUCCCCUACCUGUGCCAGAAAAAUGGAGGAGGUGCCUACCUGGUACCAUACCUGGUGCUGCUGAUCAUCAUUGGCAUCCCUCUCUUCUUUCUGGAACUGGCUGUGGGCCAGAGGAUCCGCCGUGGCAGCAUUGGUGUGUGGCAUUACGUGUGCCCGCGCCUGGGGGGCAUCGGCUUCUCCAGCUGUAUUGUCUGCCUCUUCGUUGGGCUGUACUACAAUGUCAUCAUUGGGUGGAGCGUGUUCUACUUCUUCAAGUCCUUCCAGUACCCGCUGCCCUGGAGCGAAUGCCCUGUCAUCAGGAAUGGGACUGUGGCAGUGGUGGAGCCCGAGUGUGAGAAGAGCUCAGCAACUACCUACUUCUGGUACCGAGAGGCCUUGGACAUCUCCAACUCCAUCUCAGAGAGUGGGGGCCUCAACUGGAAGAUGACACUCUGCCUCCUUGUGGCCUGGAGCAUCGUGGGCAUGGCUGUAGUCAAGGGUAUCCAGUCCUCUGGAAAGGUAAUGUAUUUUAGCUCCCUCUUCCCCUACGUGGUGUUGGCCUGCUUCCUGGUUCGGGGGCUGCUGCUGCGAGGGGCGAUUGAUGGCAUCCUGCACAUGUUCACCCCUAAGCUGGACAAGAUGCUGGACCCCCAGGUGUGGCGGGAGGCCGCCACCCAGGUCUUCUUCGCCCUGGGGCUGGGCUUCGGAGGUGUCAUCGCCUUUUCCAGCUACAACAAACAGGACAAUAACUGCCACUUCGAUGCCGCCCUGGUGUCCUUCAUCAACUUCUUCACCUCGGUGUUGGCCACCCUCGUGGUGUUUGCUGUGCUGGGCUUCAAAGCCAACAUCAUGAAUGAGAAGUGUGUGGUCGAGAACGCUGAGAAAAUUCUAGGGUACCUCAACUCCAACGUCUUGAGCCGUGACCUCAUUCCACCUCACGUCAACUUCUCACACCUGACCACCAAGGACUACUCCGAGAUGUACAACGUCAUCAUGACUGUUAAGGAAAAACAGUUCUCAGCCCUGGGGCUGGAUCCCUGCCUCCUGGAGGAUGAACUUGACAAGUCUGUGCAGGGCACAGGCCUGGCCUUCAUCGCCUUCACUGAGGCCAUGACACAUUUCCCGGCCUCCCCCUUCUGGUCUGUCAUGUUCUUCCUGAUGCUUAUCAACCUCGGCCUGGGCAGCAUGAUCGGGACGAUGGCGGGAAUCACCACGCCUAUCAUCGACACCUUCAAGGUGCCCAAGGAGAUCUUCACAGUGGGCUGCUGUGUCUUUGCAUUCUUCGUGGGGCUGUUGUUCGUCCAGCGCUCUGGAAACUAUUUCGUCACCAUGUUCGAUGACUACUCGGCCACCCUGCCACUCACCGUCAUCGUCAUCCUUGAGAACAUCGCUGUGGCCUGGAUUUAUGGGACCAAGAAGUUCAUGCAGGAGCUAACAGAGAUGCUGGGCUUCCGACCGUACCGCUUCUAUUUCUACAUGUGGAAGUUCGUGUCCCCAUUGUUCAUGGCUGUUCUCACCACAGCCAGCAUCAUCCAGCUGGGGGUGUCGCCCCCAGGCUACAGUGCCUGGAUCAAAGAGGAGGCUGCGGAGCGCUACCUGUACUUCCCCAACUGGGCCAUGGCACUGCUGAUCACCCUCAUCGCCGUGGCAACCCUGCCCAUCCCCGUGGUGUUCAUCUUGCGGCACUUCCACCUGCUCUCCGACGGCUCCAACACCCUCUCUGUGUCCUACAAGAAGGGCCGCAUGAUGAAGGACAUCUCCAAUCUGGAGGAGAACGAUGAGACCCGCUUCAUCCUCAGCAAGGUGCCCAGCGAGGCUCCCUCCCCCAUGCCCACCCACCGCUCCUAUCUGGGGCCCGGCAGCACAUCGCCCCUGGAGAGCAGCGGCAAUCCCAAUGGACGUUAUGGAAGCGGCUACCUCCUGGCCAGCACCCCUGAGUCAGAGCUGUGACCACUGCGCCAUUCUGCCCACCUCCCCUCAAUACCCAACCUGCCCUCUUGGCUGGGCCUAGUCUCUUCCUCCGUGGUAGCUGCCAGACCCAGGCCAGUCCACGGAGAGGGGAUCUGCCCGGCCUUGUUCCCCACCCAAGUCCCAGCAGACUCCCUACCUAUGAGCAGGGGACUGGGGACAAUUCCAUCCCCUCGUCCAGGUCUCCACCCCAUGUAACUUUUUGAGAACUCUUGCCAAGUUGCAGCCAUGUAACCACAACAACCCCAGUAUGGGGGAACUUCAAGUGGGCACUUUAGGAGUCACCACUCCCUCUCCCUGUGAAACCUACCACUUGCAGUUCUCAGGUCUUGGGGAGGCUCGCUCUGUGCUGUUGGUAUUGGUGGCAGUGGGCAGAGGCUUCAGGGCCGAGGGCACAGGAGGUAGACUUUAGCCCAGUCUGCCGUAAGAACAGAACGCGUCAUCCUGUCAGCCCAGCGUGGCUGCUCCUGAGCUAAGAUGGGGAUAGGGACACGUGUGUCAGGAAACUCCUCAGUUCUGUCUUACACGAGAUAGGCGGUGCCCUCUGGCUUGAGCGAGAACCUGAGCACUGAAAGGAAUGACUCGGCAGCCAGCUCAUGGAAUCUUUGAAAUGACUCUGUUUCUCCUGCCAGGGGCAGACGGGGUAUGUUCCCGAUUCUGCCUGGAAGCGCAGUGAAUGGAGGGGUCACCUUAACUAGGGUUUAGCCACUUUUCGAUCUCCACUAUCCAGCCUGGCGCCAGGGGCGGUGGUCUUGGCCUCUGUCCCAGGAGGAAAAGGGGCAGCGCCAGGCGAGGUUUGCAGAGCACAACCUAAGGGUCCCAGCACAACCCAGGUUUGGAGCACAAGUGAAACCCUCUCUUCCGCUCUCACCCGGAGCUCGCUUUCCUCUUUCGUGGCAGCUUCUCUCCUGGAAUGGGGGUUCCUGGAGUUCAGGGCCAUGUCACCAGGAACCCCGUUUCUAGGGAAAGACAGGUCAUUUCACUGCCCCUUCGGGCUGCCACUUGCUCUCCCUGUUGCACAAGCACAGCCACCAGUGUGCACCUCGUGUGAAGACACCUUGGAAACUUUCCCAAACUCCCCCAGUCUGUUCAGAGAUAUGGCACAGGUAAUUCUGGGCAGGAUGGAGGCUGCCGGGGGUGGAGGGCAGUGGCAAAGCAAAGAGCCUCUGGUUUUAGGCCCUGAAGGAAAGUACAGCCUCUGGCAGUGUCCCUGUCCUUCUAUGAAAGCUCCCCUGGGAGAGGGACUGUUUCAGAGCAGCCUGUAAGGACUCAGAAACUGACCUGAGAAUCAGGGUAUCUCUCUGCAGUAUGACCUCAGAGAGAUGGUGUAUGGAUAUAUAUAUCCAUAUAUGUGUGUGUGUGUGAAUGUGUAUAUAUAUAUAUAUAUAUGUAUGACUGGCAGACUAGGGUGGAUGGAUGGAUGGGUGGAUAUAUAUGUAUAUACACACAUACAUAAAUGUAUAUAUAUGUAUGUAUGUGUGUAUAUAUAUGUGUAUAUGUAUAUAUAUAUAUAUAUUUCAAAGUUUUGGUGGACAGGAACUGACCUGGGUAACUUCCAGAGGUUCCUGGGGUCAUUUUCUUGGCCCUGACUUCCCUCAGUACUGAGAGGGGCAGACUAGGCCCAGGUGCCCACCUUCUACUCCUAUGCCUACUGGUUACCUCCCUUCCUAGCCUGAGAGGUCCAUCCCCUCAGCCUGCCAUCUCUCUCUUUCCUCAGUUCCUCACCGCCUUCUCUCCCUUCUAGCCUUCUCAGUUCCACCUGUCCUAGUAUUUGAGGUGAGAGGGAGUCCGAAUCUCCCUGAAGAGAUGUGCUUUGGGGUGCGGCAUCCCGUCAUCGGCCCCCCUCGCCUGACAACACCUCCUCCCUGGCCCCGUGCCUAGUCCCGAGCAGAAUUAGAAAACAGGAAGUGCAGGCCCCAGCGGACUCCACUAUCUGUACCCUCUCUAUGCUAUUUCUAUUGUGCAUUCAAGCUGUCCACGUGGGUGUCCUUGCUGUGAAAUGACAAACCCCGUAUUACACUGCGGCUGGUGGGCUAUUUUCAUCCUCAGUGCUGUGCAGAUCUAUUUUCAUUGUAUAUUUGAUAUAUUUUUAAUUUUGUAGCGUGGCUGGGCCAGGCCCCAGCCUGUGAGCCUGCAGUGAGUGGGGGAAGGGGAACCGAGCCGAGGCUGCUUGCUUGUGCCAUGUGGGCUCUGUAGUGUUUGUCGUAGCCUUUAGCUGUAGGCCGGAACCUGUCCUGCUUGCAUCUUUGCUGUGAGUUGGACAUAGAUCCUAGAGCACGUGCUCUCUUUCUCUGUG